UCAUGAGCGUUCCGGUGUCGUUGGCAACGGCGGAGGCUGGAGCGGGAAGGGUAUAACCAACUGCCACAAUAAGCACUUGUUGUCAAAUCAAAACUGUUGUUUGCUUGGUAUUCGGGAGAACUGGAAAAACUUUGCGACUCACAAUGAUGUGAAACAAAAUGCUUUAUCGCUUUGACCUCUGGGAAAUGGGGCAGGAGCUUUACUAGUCAUUUGGCCGCCUGUUUGCUAGCUAACAUCUCGAAAUUUACUUUAGCUACUGGAGUUUUAACAAGUUGCUGCAAGACUGACAUCAACUGGUGGAUUUCCCAUUUGCGAUAUUCGCUAUCAAUGGCCUCCAAAGGUUGGCAGCAUCCUUACGUCAACAUAUUCAAACAUGUCAAAGUUGAUGACUGGAAAAGGUCGGCAAAAGAAGGAGAUGUGUCAUCAUACACGAACAAGACACUGAAGUGUUCAGUGUUCCAGAUCAGGGGUGCUGUUCCUGCCAACAGCUACAUCAUGGUACCCAAAAACAGCAACCACUCCCUGGGGCUGACAGGGCGCUAUUUCUACCUUCUCUUCAGGCCCACCCCUGGCAAAUACUUUGUCGUUCACAUAGAUGUUUGCACUGAGGAGGGCCAAGUGGUCCGUAUUUCCUUUUCCAACAUGUUCAAAGAGUUAAAGUCCACAAGCACCUGGCUUCAGUUUCCUUUCCUGUGUGGAGCUGCAAAGGAUUCGGUCUAUGAAACCACAGCCAGAUCUGCAAGACAUGGUUUGGUGGGUCCAGCUCCCGCUUCAGUUCGCUGGACUUGCAUGAUACUGGAUCUGCAGUACACACUUUCUGUCUACCUCAAUCGUUGCUACAGUCACUUGAAGAGCAUCAAGCUUUGUGCCAACAUGGCAGUGAAGAACAUGUUUACGAGUGACCUCCUGCUAGAUCCAGGACUUUCUUUCAGUGAAGCCAAGCUGAUGGGCCUGGGCUCUUCUCAGGGAACAGGUCCUAUGCCCAGAGACAUGUCAUUUCCUGUGCCCAAGGGAGCCUCCUGGCAUGACCUCUAUGAUUACAUCAGGUUUCCCUCAGAGGGAACAAAAUUACCCUUUGACUCUAUUCAAAAAGGCAAUCCCAAGCCUGAGGCUCUAUGUGUCAACCAAAGGAGCCCUCUCAGAAAGCAGCCUCACUUUGUCAGCCUCAGCAAACCAGCUCAGGACCAUGUCUCCCUCGUCCAGCAAAUCACCGCUCCAAAAUCAUUCCUGAGGAAUCAAACCCACGUGGUGACCAGCAUACCGGAGCUGGGAGUAGUUUCCACUCACCAGAAGGAUGACCAGCAUCAGCAGGAGUCAGCAUGCUCCAGUUCACACCAGCUGACAUUCAGGCCGAACCGUGAAGCUGAUGACAGUGGAGUUCACGUGUAUGUGCAUCCUGAGGAUGGCUUCAGCAAACCUGGGGAGCAAAGUGAAGAAGAGUUUGUUUGCACACCUGCUCCACAUCCUGUCCAUCUUUCAUCUUUCAAAGGAACCAGACAGCAGAAGCUGCUUCCAGACCCAAUUCUCAAGCUCAGUCGGAUCAUUGGCUUUGGAGGAGCCACUGCUAAAUGUGCCCUGUGGACCAAAUCGGGUGAGGCAGUGGUGUAUCCCUGCCAUGCAAUUAUCAUCUCGAUGAAGAUAUUGACUAACCAGCAGAGGUUCUUCAUCGGCCACACUGAUAAGAUAUCUGCAAUGGCUUUUAAUGGCAACACGACACUUCUGGCCUCAGCACAAACUGGCAACCACAGUGUAGUUCGUGUGUGGGACUACCAUAAAGGAAACUGUCUGGCUAUGUUUAGGAUUCACGCUCAUUCUUUAUCCUCUUUAAGCUUCUCACAUGAUGGCGGUAUUCUCUGUGGAGUGGGUAAAGACAGCCACAGUAAAACAAUGGUGGUGGUGUGGAACACUCUGAAUGUUAGUAAAGGAGGAGAGGUGACCAUCUUAGCUAAAGCACACACAGAUGUGGAUAUCAGCACCAUGAAGGUUGUCUUCUUUGACGAUACAAGGAUGGUGUCUUGUGGUCGGGAUAAUAUUCGCCUGUGGCGAGUGCGGAAUGGGACGCUGCGUUCCUGUCCAGUCAACCUGGGUGAAUACCACUCAGUGGACUUCACCGAUGUGGCUUUUGAAGAGGGAGACUCUCAGAGCCAGUGUCUUGAUGAUCGGACACUAUUUGCCAGCAGUCGGAGUGGCUUUAUCUUUGAGAUCGACUACAACAGAGUCUUCAUCAGAAAUGUCAGGAGGCUGUUGCCUGCACAGCAGCAGCAUGCAGACCGCAGGGAGAAAUGGACUUUUAAUACAGGUCCAGGCAUUGCCAUCAACAGCAUCAGCGUGUCCUCAUCAUUCUGUUGCACGGGCUCUGAAGAUGGCUUCCUGCGGCUCUGGCCCCUCGAUUUUUCUUCUGUCUUCCUGGAGGCUGAGCAUGAGGGACCCGUGAGCCUGGUGUCAGUCUCAUCAGACAGCCUUCGGGUCCUGGCAGGUACCUCUACUGGUAACCUUGGUUUCCUUGAUGUGACCAGCCGUGAUUACAACACACUGAUGAGAUCACAUACAGACACUGUGCUCGGCUUCAGUGUGGACGGCAUCCGUCGACAUCUCACAACAGCCUCCUCUGAUGGCACAGUGCGCAUUUGGAAUAUGGAUUCUUUGCAACAGUUGUAUGAUUUUGUGUCAGAGGACAGACCUUGCUCUGUGGCUUUCCAUCCCAGCGAGCAGGUCUUCUCCUGUGGCUUCAGCUCUGGCAUCAUCAGAGUUUUUGACAUCUCCAGUGCCAAGCUGUUGGCUGAACACAAGCAGCACAGAGGGGAAGUGGUUGGUCUUGCCUUCUCCCCAGAUGGGGAGUACAUGUACAGUGCCGACUCUCAGGGCUCUCUGGCACUUUACAACACCUCUGAGGAAGACUACAAUGUGAUCAGAGCUGUGUGUAAUGUGGUGGCUCGAGGCAUUGAACGUGCCCCAGAUGCCCUCACAGUGAGCAGUGAUAGCCGCUGUCUGGCUUUUGUCGGUCCCUCAGAGUAUGUUGUCACCAUCGCUGACUCACGGUCUCUGGAUGAGUUGCUCCAUGUAGAUGUGAGUAUUCUGGACGUAGAGAGCCCCCGUCUUGAUUCUGCACUGAAGGUCUGCUUCUCUCCGGCUUCGACUGAACACUUGUUGGUCGCCACAUCUGCCAAUAAGAUCCUCUGGCUAAGCACAAAGACAGGCCGUCUGAUCCGAGAGGUGUCUAAGGUGCACAAACAGCAGUGUUCAUCACUGGCUGUGAGUGAGGACAGUCGGUUCCUGCUGACAGCAGGACUCAAUGCUGUGAAAGUGUGGGAUUAUAACAUGCAGCUUAACUCUCAGAUGUUCAUAGGCCACAGUCAACCCAUCCACCAGGUGAGCUUCACCCCUGACCAACUUGGUGUGGUCUCAGUAGGAGAUGCCAUAUUCUUUUGGGACUUCCUGGCACAUCCUGUUGACUCUUUAACUGACAGUCGUUCACCUCUCAGAUUAAGCUGCAACUCAGUUCCUAAAUCAGGCGAAAAAGUUCAACCGGAUGUUGAAAUGAAUGGAGUUCAGGUGUCGAAUGGGAUGCCUCGACAAACAGCGCCUCUCCCAUCCUCACCACCACCUAGGUUGGACAUCAGUACCCUUGAUCAAGUUGACCAGGAGGCUUUGGGCCCUGUUUCUAUUUCUGAUGACACUCCUACCAUCCCAGUUGUUGCAGUGCCUGCCACUGGUUCAGGUCCAUCUUCUGACACCAGACCUGCUGCCUCUUUCCUCAAAGUUACAGAGCUGGACAACAUAUCUCUCCUGAAUACCAGUCACGUAGACAGUGUUCAGUUUAAAGUGAAGAAGCCAGUACGCCCUGAUUGUUACAGGCACUUUAUUUCACGUUUCAAGACGUCCACUCCUGAUCAGACUGCUGUGGCUCCACAACCAGGAGACGAGGGUAUAAAGCUGAAAGCAGUGAUUGGCUAUAAUGGCAAUGGGCGUGGCAACAUGGUGUGGAGCCCUGACCAAGGUUUGUUUGCGUACUCGUGUGGCUGUGUAGUUGUGGUGGAGUACCUUCACACGGGAAGUCAGAAACAUUUGCAGGGCCACAGCGAAGAGAUCUCGUGUCUCGCAGUCACAAAUGAUGCACAGACAGUGGCAUCAGCAGCUGGUGGCAGUAAUGGUAGCAGCAGCCUCAUCUGCAUUUGGGGUGUUCAGAAUGGAAUGUGCCGUAAGACCAUUUCCUACCAUAGAGGUGCGGUGCAAAGUCUUGCGUUCUCCAGGGAUGAUCGCUUCUUUCUUUCUGCUGGAGACUUUUCUGAACCAGUGGUGGCUCUGUGGAGCAGUAAGACCUACCAGCUGCUGUCCAGUGUGACUGUAUCAGGACCGAUCCAUGACGUGGCCUUCAGCCCCUCUGCCGCCAGUCAGCUUGCCUAUGUGGGAAGCCAAGGGACUUACUUCGGCCUCAUCCACACACACGGUUUGGAUGUAGGCCUUAAGGUCCAGAGGGUGAAAGCACCAGCAGAGGUUGGUGAUGUCGAAAUGACGGCUCUGUGCUAUCAUGUGGACUCCAUUCUGUUCACUGCCACCAAUCUAGGACACAUUUGCGUCUGGGACAUUAAUACACAGUGCUGCUUUAUGACCUGGGAUGCUGAUGAAGGAGAGAUUGGAGUGCUGCUUUGUCAGGGGAACCAUCUCUUGACAGGCAGCAACACCCGCUGGUUGCGACUGUGGGAGGUAGGAGCUGUGGGGGGUGUGAAGCCUCAGGAAAAGGUCCACAGUGUGGAGAACAGUGGGACCGUUGUGGUGUUGGAGCAGGAAAUUAUGCUGGAUGGUGCAAUGGUCAGUGCAGCAUUUGAUAGCACAAUGGACAUGGGCAUCAUCGGCACCACAGCAGGAACCCUCUGGUACAUCAACUGGUCAGACAACAGCAGCAUCCGGCUGGUCAGCGGACAUAAGACCAAGGUCAAUGAUGUGGUGAUGUGCUCCGACGAGAAACAUUUUGCUACCUGCAGCGAGGACGGCAGUGUGAGGGUGUGGUCCUUCCCCAGCAACGAACUGGUGGUUCAGUUCCAGGUGCUCAACCAGUCCUGUGGUUGUGUAUGCUGGAGUCCUGCCUCUGGUAGGGACAGAGCAUGUGUGGCUGCAGGAUAUUGUGAUGGGACCCUUAGGAUCUUCCGGCUUGCCUCCUCAGAGAUGGAGAUGAAGCUGCAUCCUCAUAGCGUGGCUGUCACUGCCAUCCAGUACUCUGCUAAUGGUCAUGUGAUCCUUUCAGCAGGUAAGAAUGGUCUGGUAGCUGUCAGCAGCCCACUCAAUGGAGCGACUAUUCGUGUCAUCAGGGACCACAAAGGAUCACCAAUUACCACCAUCCAGUGUGUGGAUGAACAGUGUAAGAAAUUCGGACUGCAAGGAAACGAGAUGUGGUUGGCUGCCAGUGCUGACAGACGCGUCAGUGUGUGGGCAGCCGACUGGCUGAAGGACAAGUGUGAUCUGCUGGACUGGCUGACAUUUCCUGCUCCAGCCCAUUUUGGGGAUGACAGUCCACCUCCCAGUCUGGCUGCCUUCUGCCCUGCAGACCCUGGCGUGGUGGUCUACACUGGCUACGGAGUAGAGAAAGAGCUGUCCUUCUACAACCUGGCUAAAAAACAGAUAAUAAAAAAGGUUGCCCUGCCCCACUGGGCCACAUGCUUUAGCCUCUCCUGUCAGAGUCAUCUCGUAGCUGUGGGAUCAAAAGAGCGAGUGUUGAAGCUGAUCAACUCGACCAGUGGCAGGUUCCAGGAUUUCAUGCAGCACAGUGACUCCCUGCAGACGUGUCGCUUCUCUCCGUCUGGGACACUUCUUUUCACGGUGGCUCAUAAUGAGAUCCUGCUGUGGGAGGUACAGGGCCUCUGAAGGCCUCAGAUCUGUUUGUGAACCUCAAAUCUUGUAGGUUUAUCACCUUUCACAAGUGCCUGGUUUAUAUUCUUACUUUCUGUAAUUUUAACAUUCCAUAGAUAUUUUUUCAUCAGUCAAAUGUUGUUUAUUAGGUUUGUGUUUCAUGUGUAUGUUUUUAAAAUACAACCAUUUUUCACAUGUUGAAGGGAUUGUUUUUCGUGUUUAAUCCCUUUUAAUGUUUGACUAUUUAUUUUAGUUUUUUUUUUUGUUUGGAUGUGUAUGAAUACUGAUGUGUGAUUAACACUUCCUGUAAUGUGUAGUGUUUUUCAGUGGUUGUUAGGAUUAUGUUUUGUGUGCUCUUUUGGAAUUGGGAUGGACUUUUAAUAAAAAGAAACAUGUAAAA